UGCAGCCGGGUUCCUGUUUAUCACCGACUUCCUCUCUAUGGUAGCAGCUGGACGAAACCAUUGAGCAGAGCGGCGGGGGUGCAGUGCCGGUGUACCCGGAAUCAGGCAGUAAUAUGGCGCAGGCUCUGUCAGAGGAUGAGUUCCAGCGGAUGCAGGCUCAGCUCCUGGAUCUCAGGUCCCAAAACUAUCAGCUGGCGGACAACUUGCGCAAAAACAACCAGGAGCUUGCAUCUCUUCGCCAGAAGCAGACGACCCUAGAGAAAGAUUUUGUGAAAGCUCAAAAGGCACUCAGCAAGAGCAAGAAAGCCCAGGAAGUGGAAGCCUUGCUGGGUGAGAAUGAGAUGCUUCAGGGAAAGUUGCAUAGUCAGGAGGAUGACUUCCGGUUACAGAAUAGCACACUGAUGCAGGAACUGUCCAAGCUUUGCUCCCAGAUUGAGCAGCUGGAGGUCGAAAACCAGCAGCUGAAGGAGGACAGUCGUUCUCCAGAUGGCAUCCCUGGUGUUACAGAGGGUGAAAUGAGACGGCUGCAGGCGGAGAACACAGCACUACAGAGGACUAUUGGAUCACUUCAUGAGCGUCAUGAAAUGGAGAUUGCUUCACUGAGGGGCCAAGAAUCCCAAGCUAAUGGGCUUCGCAGCUCAGACACAGAGACAGGGGACGAAGUGCCAGUCAAUCAAGUGGAUGGGCAGGUCUCACAAGAGCAGGAUGGUGAGCCGCCAAAGAGCUGGAAGCCAAAAGAGGAUAAUCUUCAAGGUAUUACACUUGAACUAGCAACACAGACGGAGGAGAACAAGUUGUUAAAGGAAAAGAUUCUCACAUUACAGGGUGGGAUCUCCCGGCUACAAGAGGAAAAUUCAAAGGUAUCUGAGAAACUGAAGAAGAAACAUGACAGUUAUUUGCGGCUGCAGACUGAUAAGGAGGCUCUGUACAAUGACAGCAGGACAAAAAUUGAGGAGAUUCAGCAGAGGAAAGAGGAAGAAUUUAAAGCAUUGACAAUAAAAAACCAGAAACUCCAGCAGGAUCUGCAAGGUGCUCAUCAGAAUUGUGUUGAGCUGAAUGAACAGAUCCAGAGCCACAAGCAAGACCAUGAACGGGCCCUGCAAGGACUUCAGGAACAAGUAGCAUGGCAGAGUGCGGAGAGCCAGGAGCAGGUGGACAACAUUCUGUCAGAGAACGAUGCCCUCCGUACCAACCUAGCGGCCUUGGAACAGAUUCAAACAUCGAGGACUCAGGAGCUGAGUUUACUGCGGGACCAGAAUGCAGCACUGACAGCGGAGCUCCAGCAGCAGCAAAAUGACAAGGAGGCUUUACUGCAGCAAAAGGAUGAUUUGAAAACACAACUGCAGGAGGCCAACCGGGCACAUGGCCGUCUCCUGGAGCAGCUGCAGGAGCAGAAACAGGAAAUUCAGCAGCUACAGCAGGAUCUGGAUGAAGCUAGAAAGUGUGCUGACAAGCGAAAAGGCAUGCUGGAUGAGAUGGCUAUUGAGAUGCAGCAGGAGAAGGCUCGGCACAAGGAAGUGGUGGGAAAUAUCAAGCUCCAGCAUGAGAAAGAGGUGCUGAGUAUUCGAGCCAAAUAUGAGAAGGAGCUGAGGGAGCUUCAUGAAGAGAAGAACCGUGGAGAGGAGGACCUAAGAGGACAGCUGAGAGAUGAGAAGGCACGCUGCAGGGAGUUGGAAGGCUUACAGCAGACUACAGAGGAGCUGCGUUUACAGAUUGGUUCACUAGAGGGCACCAAAGGAUGGUUUGAACGUCGACUAAAGGAGGCAGAAGAAACUGUUGAAAGGAACCAGCUGCAACACAAGGAAGACUUGGGAAAACUACGAGAGGAGCAUUCUGCUGAUCUGGAUAUGAAGCAGAAUGAGAUGGACUCCCUGAUGGAACAAAUCAAGGCAUUUGGAAAAGAGAAAGAUAGUCUUAAUGGGACAAUUGAACAGCUGAGACAGGAGGUAAAGGAUACAGCCGAUGGGCAGAGAAUCCUGGAGAAGAGAGGGAGUGCUGCUCUUAAGGACCUGAAGCGGCAGCUUCACUUGGAGAGGAAGCGAGCAGAUAAGCUUCAGGAACGGCUGCAGGAGAUUCUCACCAACAGCAAAACUCGAACAGGUUUGGAGGAUCUGGUGUUGGCAGAGAUAAGUUCCCCCAGUCGGACGCAAACGGGUGACAGCAGCAGCGUCUCUUCUUUCAGCUACCGAGAGAUGAUGAAGGAAAACACAGCCCCCAGUAGCAAUAAGUCUAACAGUGGAAGUCCACAGUCCCAGCCACAGAGACCGGCCGAGCUGUCAGAUGAAGAAGUGUCUGACCUCUUUCAGAGAUUAGCAGAAAUUCAGCAAGAGAAGUGGAUGCUGGAAGAAAAGGUUAAGCACUUAGAAGUGAGCAGCGCCUCUAUGGCGGAGGACCUAUGCAGGAAAAGUGAGAUUAUUGAGACCUACGUCAUGGACAGCAGGAUAGAUGUAUCAACCACACAUGGCCAGGUGGAUCGGUCCAGUCUCGGAAGUGUCCUGAGAGAUUUGGUGAAACCCGGAGAUGAAAACCUGCGGGAAAUGAACAAGAAGCUACAGAAUAUGUUGGAAGAACAGUUAACCAAGAAUAUGCACCUCCAAAAGGAUCUGGAAGCCCUCUCUCAAGAGAUUGUCCGACUCAGCAAGGAAUGCGUCCCUGCCGCACACGAGAGCCCCAGCACUGGCUUGGCAAGCUGAAGUCUGGACUCCAGCAAUGUUCUCACAUCUCUGAUAUUGAACUCUUAUAGCCAGCCCCAUUCAGUUUUCCUGUAAAGGGCACCUUUCCCUCAGUUUUAGUUUGAAUCCACCCUCUAUGCUCAUGCAUUCCUCAUGUUUGUGUGCAUCCAUUUUAAGGUUAGUCGUCUUUAAAAAGUAUUUUCUUUUUGUACGUUGAGGGUGGUCAUGGCACACUACUUCAGGUUACAAUGUACAGAAGAAUUUGCACAGAUCUCAUCUGAAUAUUGAAGAGAUAUACAUAUAUAUAUAUAUUGAGAGAUCAUUCCUAAUGUUUCUUUAUUCUUAGUUGUGAUGUUUUGUGAAGUUUUCUCUGCUUUUGGCUGCCCUUCUUAAUUUUUUUUUAUUGGUCUUUUUACAUGAACUUUUGCUGUAUGUCCAAAAUAUCCAGAGCCUCUCUGCAG